GUUUUUUUCUGGCGUUUUUUUUUUGGGGUUGUUUUGGUGCGGUUUCCGGGGGUUGCUUUGGCUCGAAGCGUGGGGGGUGGUCGGCGAGCGGGCGCUGUCGCCUCUGGAUCCGCUUCCUUUCGGUGACGUGCUCGCAAACGGUGGCGGCUUAGGGCUGGAUCUCAGGGGCUUUGGGUUUUGGAUUUUGGAUUUGGGGAUUUGGAUCCGGGACCGUUGUUUUGAACAACGUCCGAUCGGCGAGAGAUUUUGCGUUGUUGAUUCAAUGCAGCCGUUGCUUGGUUUGGUAGCUCAGGUGGAAGAUCUGAAGUGAAAGUACUAGAACUUAGCCUUUGGUUUUACUCAUACUAGUCGUUUUUUUAGUUACCUGAUCUGUGCUCAUGAGCCGAGCCUGUGGACAGCGAGCAUGUGGGCAUAAGCUAGCAUUUGGAAUUUGGUUAAACUCGGCAGCAUAUGAUAAGAUUUCAGUGUAUUUUAUAACUUGAUCAUUUAGUAAUUUUGUGUGUGAGUGAGUGAUUUGGGAUCCUGAUGAAGGAGCUGAGGUGUGGCGUGGAUUCGGUAAUGAGUGUAGAAUAUGUUUGCUCUACUGCGUUAUCCCCUUGAUUAGUGAAGGACUGUUACAAUCUGAAACUUGGGGUAUGCAGCAGUUAUAGAUUUCGGGAUCUGAAGUGGAUGAGGAGCUGAUUGUGUUUGGAAGAGUUGUAGUGUAGGAAGUGGCAACUAUUCUAGAUUGUAUACAAAAUGGAGGCAGGAGUUGCUAGCAAUGUAGAGCUUGAUUCUGCUGUUUUUCAAGUAUCCUCGGCUCACAACAGGUACGAGGCGAUUGCUUGUAGUAAGGGGAAUACAGAACUGAUAGCAUCUGGUCCUUUUGAUCAGCUAGUUUUGCACUUGGAAGAUGCCAAAAAGUUCCAAUCUUGUUCAUCAAGUGGCACUUUUAAGCUAUUGUUGACUGGGGAUGGAAAAGGGUCUUCCUGGUUCACAAAAUUAACCUUAGAGAGACUCUUGCAUAUCAUAAAUUCAUCUGAUACGUCAAAAUCAGUGAAUGGAGUGUUGGACGAGAUAUCACAGCUGGAGGAAACUAGAAAGUUUCAUCAAUCGCUCCAUCUUAAGGAACAACAAACUUUUACGAGUGAUGCUUUAACAGGAGUCAUCUUUGGUACUGGUGCCAUAGCACAGCAGGGAAAUGUGGGCCCAAAUUCAUCUGAAUCUACAAAGAAUGAAUUGCUUCGAGCAUUGGAUUUGAGGUUGACAGCACUGAAAGAAGAGAUAUUGGUCUUAUUGAAUCGAGCAGUUGGCUCCAAUUUGUCGAGUAGAGAACUCUCUGAUCUAUCUGCUUUUGUUCAACAAUUUGGAACAUCAGAGUUUAGUUGGUUGAUGCGGUGCAUGCUGUUGAUUUCGGAUUGCCAUCCCUCUGAGCUUUCUCUACAGCAGGCUUCUACUGCCAAGAAAAUUGACAAGGGUGAGAAUGCACAUAAGAUUCGUGAUAUCAGUCCCCAGACCAAUUUCCAGAGGCCUAUUGCCAAUACUGUCUCUCCAGCAAAGCUUGCACAAGUUGAGCGUGAAAUCUCAACAGAAAGUGAUGAUUCCACUGCAUCCAGUGAUGAAGGUGAGGCAGUUGUUGAAAGAAGCCGACCUCUUGUAAGAUCUGCUUCACCUAGAAGGUCUGCUUCUCCAAUGCGGAGGGUUCAAAUUGGGAGAUCAGGAUCUCGUAGAUCAACAGCUAUUGCCAUCAAGAGCCUCAGCUACUUCCCUCCCAGUCAGAAAAUUCCUUUGGAUAAAGAUGAUGAAAGUAGCACCUGCAAUGGUGAAACUGACCAGCCACCAAGGAAAUCAGAAAAUAACAUAAGACGGAUGAGUGUGCAGGAUGCAAUUAGCCUUUUCGAGAGCAAGCAGAAGGAUCACAAUCCGGAUUCUCAAAAUAAGAAAGCUGGUUUGUUUGCUACUAAGUCUGUCCUGAGAAGGUGGAGUGCAGGCAUGGGUGAUUCUUUGAACAAGUCAGAAGGAAAAAUUGCAGAUUCCACAUCUGAAAGUAAAUCUAACAACAUGGUUUUUGAUACAGAGAAGAAUGGAGUUGAAAUGAAGACUGAACCAGAUAGAGCACCAAACAGUGUUAUUACACCUGAGGUCGAAGGUUUGACUUCCCAUGAUGAUUUUCAUGGCCGUGAAGUUUCAGAAAUGGAGAGCACUGUGCCUAGUAAUAUUUCUGCAGAACAAACUAAGUCUCUGCAGGAGGAAAGCAGUGAUCGGGCAAUGGCCUCUGCUGAGUGGAACCGCCAGAAAGAGGCCGAGCUUAAUCAGAUGUUAAUGAAAAUGAUGGAGGUCAUGCCUGGAAAGUUUCCAGGUGCUAAUGUCACUGCUGCUGGGCUCAAGGCCACCAAUCAGCAGAAAUGUGGAUCUCAUGGUCAGCAUAGAGAGAAGCAAGACACAAAAGUUCGAACUGAGAAAGGUGCAAGACGGCCAGCAAAGGAGGCGAGCACCAAGCUCUUGAAGGAACCAGUUGGGCAGAACAAAUCAGCAAUGACCCCAAAAAAUGGCACUGUAACAGAGAAACGUAUUUCACCCGUUCCACAAAGGGCACGAAGAAAUUCAUCACCCCCUGUCCCACCAAAAGUAGUUUCAAAGACUCCAGCCAGAAAAAGUUCACCAAAGCCAUCACCAGCACCUGCUACACGUAGUUCAUGGUCAGGUGGGUCUUUGACUAAAGCAACUACAACACAAAAAACUAAAAGCUCUCCUGGGAUGGCUUCAACGUCGACACCGACUAGCCGGAGGACUCCGACAGCACCCUUGUCAUCUCAGCCAACUUCAAAGGUGGAAAGAACCCUUCAACCAGUGAAGAACAAGAAGGAAACUGUGACUGGCACAAAGCCAACUAUAAAGGGACAAGAAGAGAAGAAGACAAAAACAGCUACAAAAACAAGCAGAAUGGCAAAAAUUUCACCUGCUUAUGAAGAAAAACCAAGUGCAAGAACGAAGCAAAGCUUGCAUAAUAAGGUCUCAAAGAAAAGCAGUGUUGUACCGCUAGAGUCGAAACCCUUGAAGAAAGCCACUGGGAUUAUUCAAAGUGUUGGUUCUGGUACUGUAGGUACCGUGAAGAGUAAGGAGCCCCAACUUGAUGACUCUCCAAAAGAUUGUGGAAGUGUUAACCAAGCUGAAGAUAAUGGGCAAUCUCCUAUGACAACCGAGCAAUCUCCUAUGACAACCGAGCCAACUACUAAGGUACUGGAGGCUGAUCUUGCUCAACCAGCACAUGAUGUUGAUGAAAAUUUAGAAAUUUUGCUCAAUAAUGACUUAAAUAUUGAAAAAACAGAAAAGCUGGCCUCGAGUGUAACUGCAACAGAAAUGGGUUCCAGUGACCAGGCUGAGCCCGCUGCCAAUGAGGUACAACCUCCUGACGAGGACAUGGGCAUCUCAUCAUCUGCCUGGGUAGAAGUAGAGCAUCAAGAGCAAGAAGUCAUUGAUCUGAGUGAAAAUAUAGUGGCUGAGGAUGUAACCUCACCAGGAGUUGAACCAUUGCCAUCAUCAAGUCCAAGAAUCCGUCAUUCAUUGUCACAAAUGCUGCAAGCAGAUAGCAAUGAACCAGAAAUUAUUGAGUGGGGAAAUGCUGAAAACCCACCUGCAAUAGUUUUUCAUAAAGAUUCUCCAAAAGGAUUCAAAAGGCUUCUAAAGUUUGCUCGGAAAAAUAAAGGAGACAACAAUGCUAAUGGUUGGGCAAGCCCAUCGGUAGUUUCUGAAGGAGAAGAUGAAUUAGAAGAAUCAAGAGGUGCUAGUGAUGGUGCAAAUUCGAGCCGGAGAACUUUUGAUGGCUCCAAAACUAAUAGCAUCUUAUCAGCUCAAUCAACCACCGGCAGCUUUGGCUCUCUAAACUCGGAUAAACUACGGGAAAGGCCCGGAGCUGCCACAUCAACGAGAGCAUCAAGGUCGUUCUUCUCCCUCUCAAACUUCCGGAGCAGCAAAUCAAAUGAGUCAAAGCUUCGAUAGCAGCACCCCUUGUCUGCCAGGAGAUACAUGGAGUCAUGGAUUGAUAACUCCUUCAGGGAGACCUACUAGAUGUAAAAAUGGUUUGAGAUUGAUUGAUUGUUCGGACGGAGUCAGCUUGUGUUUGGUUCUGGUUUCCUGCUAUUUGAUAUAGUAGCUGCCCAUCCGAAUGCCAUACUCUUCGCUUCUGCCCUUCUGUACAUGCAAACUGUUGGGAAUGAUCUAACCCAUGUUCUUAUUGUGAA